AUGGGAGCCAUGUCUCGCUGGCUCACUGUAGCCGGGCUUACCCUCCUAGUCACGGGCAGCCAUGCACAGCUCCUCAGCCGUGACGACAUUCAGACCACUCUGGCGCCCCAACUCUCUGCUAACGCGGGCAUCUACUUACCCCAUGAAGAAGUAUUUCAAUUGGCGACGGAGAGAUGGUCGUAUUACCACCCGCCCAACUUCACGGUCGUUGUUGAGGUUGCUGAAGAGCAGGAUGUGGCGACGACUAUCAAGUACGCCAAUGCAAAUAACCUGCCGUUCCUUGCUGUCAACGGUGGACACGGUUCGAUCUCGUCGCUGUCGAAUAUCGAUCACGGCAUCCAGAUUUGGAUGCAUAAACUCAACUUCGUCCAGAUCGCUGAGGAUGGCAAAACGGCCACAGUUGGAGGCGGCAUCAAAUCCGCUGAGUUGAUUCCAGCUCUCUUCGCGCAGGGAAAGCACACUGUUCAUGGCGUCUGUGAGUGCGUAAGCUAUCUUGGACCAGCCCUGGGUGGUGGCCACGGCACGUUGCAAGGCAAAUACGGUAUGGCUUCCGACCAAUUCGUGUCAUUACGGAUUGCCACAGCAGAUGGCGAGAUCGUAACCGUUUCGGAGAACGAAGGAGAUAGGGAUCUGUGGUGGGCGAUGCGAGGCGCAGGCCACAACUUUGGAAUUGUAACUUCGGUCACCUCGAAGAUUUACGACGUACCGGAGCAAGGAAAGUGGGCGUAUGAGCAGCUAUUAUUCACCGGCAACCAGUCCGAGGAGUUGUUCGCUGCAUUCAACGAGCUCGCCGAUAUCCAGCCACCCGGUUUCAUGGUUUGGACAUACCUCGUGCGCAUUCCACCCUUGCAUCCAACAGAGCCUAUUUACCUGGCCAACUUCAUGCGUGAGGCUCUUGACGAAAUCGAGCCGGAGCUUAUUGACCCUUUCCGGAAGAUUUCUCAAAGGCCUGCGCUUGCCAAAACCGUCGGGCUCUAUACCGACAUUCCCACUUGGAUCAACACGGCUGUCAACUCGAGAGGCUGCGCAGCUGAGGCCAACAAGGUGCGGUUCCCCAUUGGUUUCCCGCGGUACGACCCCAAGGCACAACAGAGGCUCUUUGACGUUUUCGCAAACGGCACCGCCGGGGGUUCACCAUUCAACACUUCUAUGAUCCUCCUUGAGCAGUACUCCGCGCAGGGCGUCGAGUCUUAUCCUCAAAACUCAUCGGCGUUCCCUCAUCGAUACGACGAUUUGCUGAUCUCGCCCGUUAUUGCCUACCUAUCUGACAGCGAAGAGGAAGAGGAGGCCGCCGUGGAGUUUGGAGACUUGCUGCGGAAUAUUCUUCUGAGGACCAGCGAGAAUCCAGACGAAUUGCACGCAUACGUCAACUACGCUUCUGGGUAUGAGGGACCCCGGCCAUGGUAUGGGUACGAGCCGUGGAGGCUUGAAAAGUUGCAGGAAGUGAAGAGGAGGUACGACCCGCAGGGGAAAUUCUCGUUCUAUGCGCCAAUUCCUCUAUCAUAA